UGGCGUUGGCCUUGCCCUCUGCAAGCGGCUGCUGGACGAAGACCAUGAGCUGCACCUGUGUCUGGCGUGCAGGAACAGGAGCAAAGCGGAAGCGGUCCGUGCCGCCCUGCUGGCCUCUCACCCCGCCGCCGAGGUCAGCAUCGUGCAGGUGGAUGUCAGCGACCUGCGGUCAGUGUUCCGGGCCGCCAGGGAGCUCAAGCUAAG